AUGGGUUGGUUUCCGCUCGUAGUAGACACCGACAAGCCCACUUGGAGCUUCGAUAUUGUCGGCUUGCUGGCGGUGGUAGGAGGUUCAUCGAUCGAAAAGCACGCGCAGGCUAUCACAGCGUCGCCACUUGGAGGCUUUCCUCGUCUGCUCCCUGCCCCUGAGACCAUGCUCAACACCGACCGACCAGUUCGACUGCCUGCCAUCAAAGAUGUGACUGUUUUGGGCGUUCAUUCCGGAACUCACUUCAACGAGCUCAACUUCUUUGCAGAAGUGAUCCACGGCAUUGACUCACUUCAACCUUACGAAUUCCAGCACUUCAGGAUCAAACACAAAAGCGGCGUUAUUCAGCGCGAUGCCGAUCAGAAGCAAGCUGAGCUGGAUGCCGGGAAGAAAGAUGAGGAAGAGCAUGGCGAGAAGAAUAAGAAAAAAACGAAUGCCCCAAUUAUGGCCAGCAUUCCACUGCACACAUUCUGCCCACUGAACAUUGUGACGCUGGCUUCGAUCUUGAUCACAAUCGCGUUGUUUGUUUGGGCUGGUGUCAAUCAUGAUGCCGUUGCUUUGAUCGGCCUGGGAACUAUGUCACUCUCCACCAGCACUGCCUGCCUUUCCUCGCAGUGGAGGCCCAAACUCGCUGUCCGCACGUCCAAUGCCAAGGUCAUACCUCGAGGAGACAUCAUCAUUCGGUCGCGAGCAGGCGCAUUCGUGUUUGUUGAGUGUGAUGAAUUUGUCUCGCGAGAGAUUUACGGUGGUACCGAGGUCUGUGACUAUGUCUUCAAGGGUGUGCUGCAUCAGAUUCUUCUGGGCUGUAGUACGAUUCUUCUGAUGGCCUCAAUCAUCUUCUUCAGUAACAGUGGCUGGAAGAUGCAAAUCGCUGUCGGCCUUGCGUAUGUUAUCCUUAACAUCGCCUACUGGGCCAUGGCGUUGUUGACAGAGCCCGGUGAUACUUGGAAUAUGGAGGACCGAUAUGAUAUUGAGAAGGCCAACAAACCAAAAAUGACCGAAAACUUCACUCUCGCUAUGUGGGAAGCAAUUCAGGCGACAAAAGAGAUUGAAUGGCUCAGAAGGGCAAAAAUCGCGCCGGGGACACAGAACUGGGAUAAGUGGCUGGAAGAGGCAAAGGAAAAUUGUCAUGAUCCGAAUAGGCCUGCUGAGGCCCAGCGUAAUUACUGGAUGGCCCAGAAGAAUCUAUAA